AUGAUGGUGAUGGCACCACCAGAUCUUUGGGCAGCAAUGGAGGCACGCAAGAAUAAGGACGCUCUGUUUUGGCGAGAAAAGUCAUUUCCGUACUAUGAUGAUCUGUUUGCUUUAUAUGAUGGGCAUUAUGCCGAAGGAAGAAGUUGUCGUGGUAUGGAUCAUUAUGCCAAUAAGGCAAUAUCGCCUUCACAAGUUUCUCCUGAUGUGCACCUGCAGUCACCUUCAGCUAGUAUACCUACUCCUGGUUCUUUCAGUUUUGAUAUUGAAGAGGACAUGGAUGAUACUAAUUGGUUUGGUAAUGAUGCAUUUACUCCAUUGGGAAUUUUCCUGCCUCAAGAAACACCAGAUGGACCAUCUUCCAUAAAUAUAGCACCACAUGUUCCUGAACAAUUUGAAAAAACUCUUCGUCACAGUGCCCGGCCAUCUAGUUCAACUCCGGAGGCAGUUGAUGGUAAGCGUGAUAAAAGGCAAAAGACCAAGCACACUAUUACAACUGAACAUUUUCAUGAGAAGUACUUGAAGCUGAAAAAAGAAGAGAUUGAAUGA